GUUGGAUAUUAUUAUUUCAAAUGGGCCAACUCUUCAAGACGUGAAGAAGACUAGAAGAUAGCUUUGUCAGAUUCACAUCUCCCCAAAAAAAAAACAGAGCAAGAAGAAGAAGAAGAAGACAACCAUGGAAGAAUCAGAACAAGUUCUUCCUCUAUUAACAAACCCAAAAGAUCUGACAAACCCAUCAUAUGCGUCAUCAUCUUCAUCUUCAUCUGAACCAAGAGAUGAAACAGAGGAUCUUCUUUUACCAAUCUCCGACGAGAAUGAGGAGGAAGAAGAAGAGAACUCACCAAUCCGACAAGUAGCACUCACUGUUCCGACAACAGAUGAUCCUUCAUUACCUGUCUUAACAUUUCGCAUGUGGGUCUUAGGAACUCUCUCUUGCAUCCUCUUGUCGUUUCUCAAUCAGUUCUUCUGGUAUAGAACAGAACCUCUCACUAUCUCUGCCAUCUCCGCUCAAAUCGCCGUCGUACCACUUGGUCGUCUCAUGGCUGCUAAAAUCACCGAUAGAGUCUUCUUCCAAGGAUCAAAGUGGCAGUUUACGUUGAAUCCAGGUCCGUUUAAUGUGAAAGAGCAUGUGUUGAUCACUAUUUUCGCUAACGCGGGAGCUGGAUCUGUUUACGCAAUACACGUUGUUACCGUGGUCAAAGCGUUUUACAUGAAGAACAUAACGUUCUUUGUGUCUUUCAUCGUUAUCGUUACCACCCAAGUUGGUAUUCUUAACCCUUUUGAUUUUGAUCGAGUUUAUGGUUUCUGAUUAGUUUAAGUGUGAAUGAUGUUUAGGUGUUAGGUUUUGGAUGGGCUGGAAUAUUUAGGAAAUACCUUGUUGAACCGGCGGCGAUGUGGUGGCCGGCGAAUCUUGUUCAAGUCUCACUAUUUAGAGCUUUGCACGAGAAAGAAGAACGGACCAAAGGAGGGCUGACACGUACACAAUUCUUCGUGAUAGCAUUCGUUUGCAGUUUCGCUUAUUAUGUCUUUCCGGGCUACUUAUUUCAGAUCAUGACGUCGUUGUCGUGGGUUUGUUGGUUCUUUCCAUCAUCAGUUAUGGCCCAACAGAUCGGGUCUGGUCUUCACGGGUUAGGUGUUGGGGCCAUAGGACUUGACUGGUCAACCAUUUCCUCUUACUUGGGUAGUCCACUCGCUAGUCCAUGGUUUGCUACGGCUAAUGUGGGUGUGGGAUUUGUGCUGGUGAUAUAUGUCUUGGUACCAAUAUGCUAUUGGCUCGAUGUGUACAAGGCCAAGACCUUCCCCAUAUUUUCGAGCUCACUUUUUUCGAGCCAGGGUUCAAAGUACAACAUCACAUCCAUUAUAGACUCUAAUUUCCACCUUGACCUCCCAGCCUACGAGCGUCAAGGCCCUUUGUAUCUUUGCACUUUCUUCGCCAUUAGUUACGGUGUUGGUUUUGCCGCUUUAAGCGCUACCAUCAUGCAUGUUGCUCUCUUCCACGGAAGGGAGAUAUGGGAGCAGAGUAAGGAGAGUUUUAAAGAAAAGAAAUUGGAUGUACACGCGAGGCUAAUGCAAAGGUACAAACAAGUUCCAGAGUGGUGGUUUUGGUGCAUACUCGUUACCAACGUUGGAGCCACAAUCUUUGCUUGUGAGUAUUACAAUGACCAACUUCAAUUACCAUGGUGGGGUGUUCUAUUGGCAUGUACCGUCGCCAUUAUCUUUACACUUCCUAUCGGUAUCAUCACCGCCAUCACCAAUCAGGCGCCAGGAUUGAACAUUAUUACAGAAUAUAUCAUAGGAUAUAUCUAUCCAGGAUAUCCAGUUGCAAAUAUGUGCUUUAAAGUAUAUGGAUACAUAAGCAUGCAACAAGCCAUCACGUUUCUUCAAGACUUUAAGCUUGGUCACUACAUGAAGAUACCACCUAGAACCAUGUUCAUGGCACAGAUUGUUGGAACACUCAUCUCAUGUUUUGUUUACCUCACAACGGCUUGGUGGCUAAUGGAGACCAUCCCCAACAUAUGUGAUUCGGUUACUAACUCGGUUUGGACAUGUCCAUCGGAUAAAGUCUUUUAUGAUGCAUCGGUGAUAUGGGGACUUAUUGGACCUCGUAGAAUCUUUGGAGAUCUUGGUUUAUACAAAUCCGUUAAUUGGUUCUUCCUUGUGGGCGCUAUAGCCCCUAUUCUUGUAUGGUUAGCUUCAAGGAUGUUUCCUAGACAAGAGUGGAUCAAGCUUAUAAACAUGCCGGUUCUUAUAAGCGCGACAAGCUCGAUGCCGCCCGCAACAGCCGUGAACUACACAACAUGGGUUCUUGCUGGAUUCUUAUCCGGAUUUGUUGUGUUUAGGUACAGGCCAAAUCUAUGGCAGAGGUAUAAUUAUGUUUUGUCAGGAGCAUUGGAUGCUGGAUUAGCAUUUAUGGGUGUGUUGCUUUAUAUGUGUUUGGGACUUGAGAAUGUGAGUUUGGAUUGGUGGGGAAAUGAGCUUGAUGGUUGUCCUUUGGCCUCUUGUCCAACCGCGCCUGGUAUUAUUGUUGAAGGAUGCCCGCUUUAUACGUAAAACGCGUUUGCGCGGCGAAGGCAUUUCCAAUGCUAAAGUUUGGUGGUUGGAUUUGGUACCUAUGUUUGUAAAGAUCAUUUUUUACAUUCAUUCUCAUAUUCAGUGUGUGAGAUUGCUGUGUAUAGUAAGGAUGAUUCAUUAGUAGGGUGGGGUAUUUAUUCAAUUAUUCGGAUUGAUUAUUUCAGUUUCUUUUAAGUCGGUCUUGAGUUUUUGAAAAUUCAUAAUCAAUUGAAACGUUUUUU